AUGACGGAGGACAGGGCGCUCUUUAGCAUGCCCAUGUACUUUGAAGGCAAGAAGACAAUACACCCACGACAUUCCACCGAAGCUCUCCAAAAAGGGCAUAAGAAUCUCACAAUUUCCACCACGAUGUCUUCCCGCGACUCCGUUUCCUCCAAAUCCAUCGGGUCAUCAUACUCCUCAAGAAGUAGCAAUGUGCCUCAGAGUGCAUCUGACACUACAAAAUCAACGGCUCCCAGCCCGGCUGUUGAGUUCAGAGAUACAACCAAUGCGGCCAACUUCACGCCUAUCAGUACACAAGAUGUAAUGAUAUUUACUUAUGGCUAUCGCGGUUAUAGCGACCCCCUCUCGAUACCUGGAGGGUUUGAAACAAUAAGCUGGGACGUAGAGAAAAUUGAGGAGACGGUUACAUCUCAGUUCUUGAAAGAGAAAAUCCCAACAGCUAAGGGGAAAGAAAGACUAGAUGUGCCCUUGGGAUUCGGCGAUGGGCUUACUGACGAAACAUAUGCCGAAUGGGUGGUUCAGAAAGCCAAAAGACUUUUCCUUCUUCUAUUAGAAUUUGGCAUGCCAGAGAAGAUCUUUGACGUUGUCGAUUUAUCAUGGGAUGACGAUGACUUACCUCUCGAACCCACGACCAUCCACCGGUUGAAACUUCGGGAAAAUUACGACAGGGCUUUGGAGAAUAAGUUUUAUAAGCGCCAGUUCUCAUAUAUCCUCAAGGAAUUUAGAUACAAAAGCCACAUCGAAUUCCAGGAAGAAGAUGAGGUUCCCCUCGUUGUUUCCUACCGUCAGAAGACUCCUGGAUUUUCGUUCCCUCAAGACGAUCGAGUACAUCGCCCAAGGCACAAGGACCUUUUGAUGUAUCGUCGGAAAGUUAUAUUAGGGCCGGGGCCUGACAGAAUCAUGGAACACGAUUUCCUUCCAGAAGUUGACACCUUGCGAAACCUUCGACACCCUCACAUCGUCGAUGUUCAGGCCACUUAUACAUAUCUCGACGAAGGCUACCUUCUCACAACUCCCGUUUGCGACUGGUCCCUUAAAACUUUCAUCCAGAGCCCAUCGAGCAGUUUCAAGUCCCUCAACAAGGAGCAAAAGCGAAGGAAGAUUUUGGGCUGGAUCCACUGCCUCGCCGAUGCUCUCGCAUACCUUCACGAACAGGAUAUCAGAAAGUUAGAUAUUCGACCGCGCACUAUCCUAGUCAAUGGUGAUAACGUAUAUUUUUCCGAUAUCGCCGUUAUCACCGGCCUCGAUGCGAACUUUGGAAAGAUCGACCAUGUCGAGGCUGAACGCUACGAGUAUGGCGCACCUGAGAACUGGGCCCGAGUUCAACAGUCACACAGUACUCCUUCCACACCAGUUACAUCCACUGUUCGCGCCCGCUCUUUCUUUAGAUCCAUUUCUAUGAUAUCCGGCAAUAACAACAACAAUAAUCCCCAAGACGGACAUAUUUCCGAUGCAUCUGAGCAAUCGGCCUCUAGCGAAAGCGUCGACCGGGUCCCUCCGACUCAAGCCGAUGAACGGGUCAGCGACCCUUCCAAACAAUUCAAAGCAUCAACAUUUUCCCUUGCUUGUAUCUUCAUGGAUCUUCUUACGUUCAAUGCCAAGAAGAAACCUUCAUCAUUUCAAUCGCAUCGCUCAUCGAAGAAGAGUUCUUCUCGCGGUGGCGGCAAGCCAGAUGUCUCUUUCCAUGCGAACCUUGGACAAGUUGCAUCAUGGAUCGAGGUACUCGACAAAGAAACCUCUUCCAAAAAAUACGGCGAUGACCGUGCCAUCAAAAGCAUUUUACAAAUAUGUUCCAACAUGUUUUAUCGCGAACCAGACCUACGGCCGGCUCAACGUGAUGUUGCUGAUAUGGUCUGGAACGUCCUCCGUGCUGAGGGUGGGAUGCCGCAUUGCGGGACGGACCCCACAGCGCCGCCAAAGGAGGAACUGGAGGAAAUCGCUUUUCUUGGCCGUGGAGACCCCGAAUGGGAGUGGCCUUGGGAUCAGCGACGCCCUAGCCGGACUAGACCUAUGACUGGGGUCAGUGGGAUGGAAUACAUAUAA